UGACCCGAUGACUCGCAAGUCUGGCUUCACCAAGACAUUGAUUUCAUCUCAAUUGCAAAUACACAGCAAAAGGCCCCGACUUUAAAACACUGCUCGCAAGUGCAGAAUGGUCCCCCGCUAUUUAUAGAAAGAUGUACAACAAAAUGAACCGAUUCUGCACACACAUUAAUCGUCGUUCCUGUUCUGUUCUCUCUCUACAAACUCCCUGACCAACAAAAACCCACCCUGCACCAGAUGUUCACCGGUGUACUGCAAGCGCGCUAUAUAUUUUUCAUGCUUGGCUGAACACAUGGCGAGCGAGUCGAGCACAGGGUUUCACCAGCACCAUCGGCGAGGAAUGUCGGCCGGAGUGGUCGUUAGCGCCGGCUGCGAAUUGAUUCCGACGGGAAGUUAUAUGAUCCCUAGAGGAGCAAUGGGUUUGGGAGGCAACAAUGGGUCUGGGGGAGAGAUUAUUUUCUCGUCUCAGAAUUCUUCCUGUGCGACGUCGUUUUUGGUGGAUUCCGUUCCUGGGUUGAAGCACGAUACGGGUUUGGCCACCGAGUGGUCCAUCGAUGAACAGUACACACUCGAGGAGGGGCUUGCAAGAUGUGCCCGUGAACCCAAUAUUUUGAGGUAUAUUAAAAUCGCAGCCACACUUCGGAACAAAACUGUACGAGAUGUUGCUCUUCGAUGUAGAUGGAUGACAGGAAAGCGAAGGAAACUCGAGGAUAUGAGAUUUGGGAUAAGAGAGAAGGACCUGAAGGAAAAAAUUGAGUUAUCUUUGAAGAAUGCCAUGUCUUCGGCAUCAUCGGUAAAGGUGGCUCCGUAUUCUUUGACUGCAAACCAUCAUGAUCCGAGUAAGUACAUUCUCUCAGGAGGGAUACACUUUAUGGCCAAUAAUUUUGUGCAUGCUUUUCAGUGCUCAGUGGGAAAACAAGGCAUCUUUUGGAGGAAAAUUACCAGGCUUUUGAUCAAAUUUCUUCCAAUCUUACGACUCUUAAGCAUGAGGAACAUGCCUGGGGUAAUGAGCCAAAUGCCUCCUCUUCCUGUUCUUUUGGAUGUGCAACUUGCAAAUAGUAUUCUUCCACUCUCGUCUCAGGUAUCAAGCUUGAUAUUAUCGUUAACUGAAAGAUGUUUCAUUUCUCCUGAAAGGGUCUGAUCUCUUUUAUUGCGCUAAGAAUACAUUUUCUGUCCAGUGUCUGGAGUAACUAGUUUUACUCUGUUUUCUUGCCAAUUAUAAUUAUCUGUUAUUAUUGUUGUGCAACAUAUUGUAGCUGCAUAACUCUUGUUUGUGUAUUUUGCAUUUAUAUAAAUGUGCGUGUAUGUGGAUUGCAAACCCCAAACAUUGGGCUCCAUAAGGAGUCCAAUUGCCUUGUUGGCGUGCCACUUCAGUCUUAAAUUAAAAAAAAAAUCGUCAGAUUCAUGAAGUUUAGAACACAGAACAGAAUUAUUGUAAGGCAGAAUUCUUCUCGACCCAGAUUUAUUCUCUUUGCAGCUACAUAGAUAUUCUUCUAACAAAUUCUGCAGACCCUACCGCAGAGAUUUUUUC